UUCUGUCGCGCGCAUGAGACGCGCGUCUGUGCCUCAAACUUCAACCAUUCACACUGUGAUCCACCGCGAGACAUUUGCAUUCUUUUGAUACAGUCUUGGGUACCCUUUUUUUACAAGAAAAAAUAACCUUGUUUUUGGACCGCAGAUCCUCAUCGGUGGAAACUUUUUGUUUAUCGAAAUAUUAUUCAGCUGGUUUUCUUGGUUUGAAUGCGUUGUCCCAUCUAGUUCAGUGGAUCACGAUUCUCUGAUUAAUCCUGUUGUCUUCAUAUCCGCUGUUUCAUUAUGUUUUAAAGUCUAUUUGUAGGCUGCGUAGCAUCGUGUGAGAACCUGCCAACGCCUUUUCUCUCACCGGGUUACUCUGCAAGCUGUAGAAAAUCUGCGGGCUCCCGCGGCCAGUUUUAAAGGUUUUAUUUUUCCUCUUCCACACGAUUGUUUAAAGGUUUUGAAAGAUGGGUUGCACGUUAAGUGCUGAAGAUAAAGCAGCGGUGGAGAGGAGUAAGAUGAUUGAUCGUAACCUACGAGAGGACGGAGAAAAAGCAUCCAGAGAAGUCAAACUACUGCUGCUCGGUGCUGGGGAGUCAGGAAAGAGUACAAUUGUUAAGCAAAUGAAGAUCAUACAUGAAGAUGGUUACUCAGAAGAGGAGUGCAAGCAGUACAAGGUGGUGGUUUUCAGCAACACUAUCCAGUCCAUCAUUGCGAUCAUCAGAGCCAUGGGUCGCUUAAAGAUCGACUUUGGAAAUCCUGCAAGAGCGGAUGAUGCUCGGCAGCUGUUUGUGCUUGCUGGCACUGCAGAGGAAGGGGUCAUGAGCCCUGAUCUCUCUGGGGUCAUCCGCCGGCUAUGGAAGGAUGAGGGAGUCCAGACGUGUUUUGUCCGAUCACGAGAGUAUCAGCUCAAUGAUUCGGCGUCCUACUAUCUGAAUGACCUAGAUAGGAUAUCACAACCCAACUACAUGCCCACUCAACAAGACGUACUGAGAACUCGUGUCAAGACCACUGGCAUUGUAGAAACACACUUCACCUUCAAAGAGCUGUACUUCAAGAUGUUUGAUGUUGGUGGUCAGCGUUCAGAGAGGAAGAAAUGGAUUCAUUGUUUUGAAGGCGUCACCGCCAUCAUCUUCUGUGUGGCGCUCAGCGAUUAUGAUCUGGUCCUAGCUGAAGAUGAGGAGAUGAACCGCAUGCACGAAAGCAUGAAGCUCUUUGACAGCAUCUGCAACAACAAAUGGUUCACAGACACAUCCAUCAUCCUCUUCCUCAAUAAAAAGGAUCUGUUUGAGGAGAAGAUCAACAGAAGUCCACUCACAAUAUGCUACCCAGAAUACUCUGGUUCAAGUACAUACGAAGAGGCUGCUGCCUACAUCCAGUGUCAGUUUGAGGAUCUGAACAGACGAAAGGACACAAAGGAAAUCUACACACACUUCACCUGUGCCACAGACACCAAGAACGUACAGUUCGUGUUUGAUGCGGUCACUGAUGUCAUCAUUAAAAACAACCUCAUAGAGUGUGGCCUCUACUAAAGCAUCACUUGUUGUCUGAGAGCUUAGUUGGCUGGUUGUUUCUGGUUCAUCUUUUCCUCUGGAGGGGAAUAAACAAGACGGACUGCCAUCCUGCUGCAAAGAAUUACAGGAACUCACUUUAUCUUAAGUUCUCAUCAUGAUCAUUAGUUUGUUGUCACUUUGUCAUUUUAUUUCAAGGACAGAUAGAUCUAAAUCCACUGUCAUGAUGACAUUAUCACAAUGUCACUACCUGCAGAUCCUCAUUAGAUCAAAUAUCUUUGUCUUUAAACAUUUGCAAACUACAAUAUUAGAAUUUGAAUCCACUUAAUAACAGUGUUUUUUAUUGUGGGAAUGUAAACAUGUUGUGUUUUUAGCUAAUUUAUAAAGUUGUUUUGAUCAUUCUUUAGGUUUUCAUAUAUUUUCAUACACGGCAGAAUUUCUGAGAAUGAAUUUGCUAUAGUGAGUGACACUGCUAGUUAAAUUUGGACUUAUUGCUGUACAUUUGCACUUACUAGUAUGCAUUAUAGUGUUAUUAUUUCAUCACAUCAAAAUUAACAGAACACAUUUUUAUCUAGUUUUAUUAUUUUCCACUAGACAUUGAUCACUCACAAGUGUAUAUAACAGUAUUUUUAUAUAAGUAAACAUGUGAGCAACUGCUUAUCUCACAGAUGCAUUUUUCAAUGAUGUAAAAUGACACUUCAGAACAAACUACACAAAAUGAGAACCAUGAUUUUCAUAAUGGCCAGGUGUAGACUUUUUUUGCGUUUUUGUUUAAUCCUGUUAACUUCUGUGUUUUUUAACUAAU